AUGGAAGACGCAGAAGCGGAAAAGCCUAGGAAGGCAUGGACCGCAGAUUUGGUUGAUGGACCGCACCUGCGAAGGCGCAGCUCGCUAUGUAAUAAAACCUACUAUUCUGCUAUGAGGGAAAGGAGUGAAAAUGCGCAGGAUAACGAUAGAAGUUCAAAAGCAAAGAUUGGUGGUUACAGUUUCAAUGUUAGCACAUCUGAGUUGGGUAAGCAAGCGUAUAUGAAUAAUAGACAGGAGCCCCCAAAACCUCUGUCACCAAAGAGAACAGUUAAUGGCAUAAGCGGAGGAGAGAAGGUCAACAGUGUGACAUAUACGGCUGCAAAAAAAAGAGUGGUAAACGAAAUUCAAGCUGAUGACAAAUUAGUACCUAAAGCACGUACCUUAUCUGGAUUUGACAAUUCAAGCGUUGUUACAAAAGGGGAGAUAAUACUCACCACAUUCGCAAAAGGAGUGAUAAAAGAUACGAAAUUUCAAAUAAAAAUAGAUCCUGUAGACGAGAAAAAAACUUCUUUUAUUACGGAAAGGGGGACUUACUGCUAUAAAGUCAUUCUUUUCAGUCUAAAGAAUGCUAGAGCCACAUACCAGAAGUUAGUAACGAAAAUGUUCCAGGAGUACCUGGGAAAAACCAUGGAAGUCUACAUUGAAGACAUGUUAGUCAAGUCAACACAGGCGGGGGAUCACAUCCAACAUUUGUCAGAUACAUUUCAGAUUCUCCGUAAGUUCAAUAUGAAGCUAAAUCCCGAAAAGUGUGCAUUUGGCAUGUCAUCAGGUAAGUUCUUAGGUUUCCUUGUUUCUAACCGAGGAAUUGAAGUAAAUCUAGCGAAGAUUAAAGCUAUUGAAGAAAUACCGGAUAUACUCACGAGCAAAAAAAAAAGUGGAGAGAUUGACAGGUAG